AACAACAGACUGGGCUGCUGAUUGGCAGGGCCAGGUUCCACGCAGCAGGCUGCCCUGGCCUAUUAGGCUCUCAGCCUGCAGGUGGGCAGCCUGCCAGUAGAGGCUGUCAAGAACCGGUUCUAACUUUCUCCAGAUCCCCACAUUCAGUUGGUCGGAGGUCUGAAAUUAAGUCGCAAAAAACGAUGGACUCUUCUCUCGCGGUCCUGCGAGUGUCUGGACUCUGCCGAUGGGGCCUGAGGCGCUGGGCACCCUGCAGAACUCCAAAGUUGGGCGCUCAAGGACCCUUCUCUUGGGCCCCUGCCAGGAUGGCGGCAUCGGUGACCUUGGAGCCGGCGGGCCGCAGCUGCUGGGACGAGCCUUUGCGCAUCGUGGUGCGCGGCCUGGCCGGGGAGCAGCCGGUCACGCUGCGGACGUCCCUGAGCGACGAGAAGGGCGCGCGCUUCCGGGCCCACGCGCGCUACCGCGCCGGCGCCGGCGGCGAGCUGGACCUGGAGCGCGCGCCCGCGCUGGGCGGCAGCUUCGCGGGGCUGGAGCCCAUGGGGCUCUUCUGGGCCCUGGAGCCCGAGAAGCCCUUCCUGCGGCUGGUGAAGCGGGACGUGCAGACGCCCUUCGCCGUGGAGCUGGAGGUGCUCGACGGCCACGAGCCUGACGGAGGACGGCUCCUCGGCCGGACGGUGCACGAGCGCCACUUCCUUGCGCCCGGGGUGCGGCGGGAGCCGGUGCGCGCGGGCCGGGUGCGCGGCACGCUCUUCCUGCCGCCAGGACCCGGACCCUUUCCUGGGAUUGUGGACAUUUUUGGAGUGGGAGGUGGCCUUCCAGAAUAUCGAGCUAGUCUCCUGGCUGGGAAAGGUUUUGCUGUGAUGGCUCUGGCUUAUUAUGGCUAUGAAGACCUCCCCAAGAGCGUAGAAACCCUCCACCUGGAGUACUUUGAAGAAGCUGUGAACUACCUGCUUAAUCACCCUCAGGUGAAGGGCCCAGGAGUUGGGCUGCUCGGGAUUUCCAAAGGAGGCGAUCUCUGCCUCUCCAUGGCCUCGUUCCUGAAGGGCAUCACGGCGGCGGUCAUCAUCAACGGCUCGGUGGCCAAUGUCGGAGGGGCCCUACACUAUAAGGAUGAGACCUUGAAACCGCUAGGUUUCAACCUCGCUCGCGUCAAGGUGACCAAAGACGGCUUUGCAGACAUUUUGGAUGCCCUGAACAACCCUUUGGAAGGACCUGACCGGAAGAGCCUCAUUCCUGUGGAAAGGGCCGAGAGCGCCUUCCUGUUCCUGGUAGGCCUGGAUGACCACAACUGGAAGAGUGAAUUCUUUGCCAACGAGGCCUCCAAACUCUUGCAGGCCCACGGCAAGGAGAAGCCGCAGGUCAUCUGUUACCCACAAGCGGGGCACUACAUCGAGCCUCCUUACUUCCCCCUGUGCCGGGCUUCCCCGCACGCCCUGGUGGGCAAAAAUGUCAUUUGGGGAGGAGAGCCCCGGGCUCAUGCCGAAGCCCAAGUGGAUGCUUGGAAGCAACUCCAGGCUUUUUUCCACAAACACCUGGGGUGAUCCCGCCAACACUGUGAUCUUUUAUUUGUGUGGCGUCUCUGAUGUUACUGUACCCUGGGAACAGCAGUUGCGAUUAGUGUGUAAAUGUAGUGUGUUUGUUUUUUUCUUUUUAAUAAGUACUUAGUUUUUCCAUCCUUACUGUUAAAACGAACUUACCAAUGAGUUUUUCAAGAUUUUUAUAGACGACAUGCCUUUUCAGUUGUUUAGGAGGAAAAGAAGACAUAACAGAUGGACAAGGCAUACCUUUCAGUCUCUCCCAAAUCAUAAGGCUCUGAAAGGAAAAGUGAGAACGCUGAUUAAUAGUGACCCAUACAUAAUUGAUGCUCAGUAAUUACUUAAUUAUUUACUAUUACUUAUUGAAUUUGUUUAAUCCUAUACAAUAAAAGCCUAAUGUGCUAA